AUGCUGAAGAGGUGGCUGGUGCCAAAGUUGUUAAUUGGGCUCUUACUCCUGUUUGGUCAAGCGUUAGCUAACACUGAGACAUUAGUCUUCGGAGUGCCGUCUGAUUUCGAAUAUGGAAGUGCAGAGCUCACAAUCGACCACCCACACUUGUCUCUGAUCAAUACGAACCGAGCGAUACAAAAUUUCGAUGUGCCGCUCGACUCGACGUUUAAAGUGGAAGUUCAAGGGCUGGAUGCUGGCGACACUUACCAAGCAAAAUUCUGCUGGACAGCUAUACAUCCAGUAGAUAUCCAAAUGAUAGGAUGGUCGAUGGAAAAACAGCCUGCUUCUUCAAACAACAAAGACCUGACAAUUUUCGUCUCUUUCGAGGUGACCCCCUCUUCAUACCCAGCAUUCAAAGCCUCCACGGUUCCCGUGAGCGUGUCGGUGGCCGCCAUUCGGUUUGGCUUGCCGGUCGAUCUUUACGCCACAUUCAUUUACAUUGCAUUGGUUAUGGUGGCCACCUAUUGCAUAUACCGCCGUUUGAAUCUGUAUAUAUGGUAA